GUCGAUCUGGCAACGCCAGCGUGUGCAUACGCAAAAACACCUUGGUGUUGUUGUUCCUGUGUUUGCCAGCGAUUUGCGUAAAUUGUGUUUGUUUUUGUGGCCAAAAAUAGAAUUCGGAUGCCGCAAAAUAUUCAAAAAGCAUUCGAAACAAUAUUUUUGAUCUUCAGGUGUGCGCUCAUUUUCAGUCGUCAGUGAGACGGGCCCCCAGGCGAAAGUCGUUGUUGUUGUUGUUCCGUUCGCGCGAAAUGGCCACCAGCACCGUUAGUUCAUCCAGAUCCGCAUCCGCAGUCAUAUCCACAUCCACAUGCAUAGCCAAAUCGAAGAACGCCAAGAGUCCGGCGCCGCAAAUCAAAAGGGGCCAGCGGAUUCUUACGGAGAAGCCCUUUGCUUUCGUCUUGAAGUCCCAGUAUCGCCUGGAGCGCUGCGAUAACUGCCUGGAGGCGACUAAGGUGCUGAAGUGCUCGAACUGCCGGUAUGUCUCCUACUGCCAUCGCUCCUGCCAGAUGCAAGCUUGGGCCCAGCACAAGCACGAAUGCCCGUUCCUCAAGAAGGUGCAUCCCCGGGUUGUGCCCGAUGCUGCCCGAAUGCUCUGCCGCCUGAUCCUGCGCCUGGAGCACGGCGGCGAUCUGAUCCGUGGCUAUUACACCGAGCACGGCUCCCGCAAGUUCCGCGAUCUCAUGUCCCACUACGCCGAAAUCAAGAACGAUCCCAUGCGGCUGGAGCACUUGGACUCGCUGCACGCAGUCCUUACUGAUAUGAUGGCCGAUAGUCCUAGCACGGUGCCAAACAAGACGGAACUGAUGAGCAUCUACGGUCGUCUCAUCACCAACGGCUUCAACAUCUUGGACGCCGAGAUGAACUCGAUUGCCACGGCCAUAUACUUGGGCGUAUCGAUUACGGAUCACAGUUGCCAGCCGAAUGCGGUGGCCACCUUUGAGGGCAACGAGCUGCAUGUCCACGCGAUCGAGGACAUGGAGUGCCUGGACUGGUCGAAGAUCUUCAUCAGCUACAUCGAUCUGCUCAAUACGCCAGAGCAGAGGCGUCUGGACCUCAAGGAGCACUACUACUUCCUUUGCGUGUGCAGCAAGUGCACGGAUGCCAAGGAGUCCAAGGAGAUGCUGUCUGCUCUGUGUCCCAACCGCAACUGCGGUGUGGGCAUCACUGUCGACCGCACGAACUGCCCGCGUUGCGAUGCAGGCAUCAGUCCCAAGCUGAGAAAUGCCUUCAACGAUGCGAUGACUCUGACCCGCCACAAUCUGGAGAACAUGAAGGACGUGGCCUACCUCGAUGUGUGCAAGGUGUGUCUGGACAAACAGACUGGCGUAUUCCAUCCCCUGAACGUGUGGUACGUGAAGACACUCGACGCGGCCUUUGAAGCUGCCAUCGAAGUGGGCAAGUGGACCGACGCCCUGGAUUACGGGCAACGUUUGCUGCCGGGCUUUCGCAAAUACCACGGCCCCUGGAAUCCGCUGUUGGGCCUGCUCCACAUGAAACUGGGCAAGAUCCAGCUGUACGAGGGCCGUUCCAAGGAGGCACUGCACCACUUGGAGGAGGCCCAACGCAUCCUAACUGUCACCCACGGCCGGGAUCACAGACUGCUCACUGAGCAGCUGUACGUGCUCAUUCUUCAAGCGCGUCAGGAGGCGGCACACUAAUGUGAUUUAGUGGUUUUUAUUCAUUUAAAUAAAUCUUAAGAUAAACAAUGUGUUGCGUUGCGCGCGGAAUGGAGCGACUUUUGUGGAUAGGAAAGUGACAUCACUGGGCGGAGUAGUAUAUGGUCUGAUAUUAUAACUCCUCUGUAUGCAAGUGAAACCAGGCGGAGAAUUAAAGAUUAUCAAAUUAUA